AUGGCACCGGACAUUACUAACCAUGGAUGGGCUGUUGCAAAUAUGGUGUCCAUUGUGUGGAUGGAUUUACCUCCAGCAACGUAUGGUGUCUUAGAGAAUGUGCAUUGCAAGCAUAAAUCGGGAUGCUCAAACAAAAGGUGCUCUUGUUUUAAAGAAAACUUUCACUGCAUGGAUUUGUGUCAUUCUGAAGGAUGCGCCAACCAUUCAGGAUCGAGGGACGAAGACUCAGAAAAUGAAGCUGAAGGUUAUAAGAUGCAGAAAAUGAAGCUGAAGACAAUAGUGAGAGCGAUAAUGAUUAUGGAGACAAUUGAAGGUGAUGUAAAGUCCAUUCGCUGUUUCUGCAGUUUGUUUGCCUUUUGAUUCAUUAAAAUAUAUAUAAUUAAUUGUUGCUCUCUUAAAUAAAUAUGGAUGAGAGACUCUAGUAGAUCGAAAUUUUGAGCAAUGGGACCUUGCAGAUGGGUGAAACAGAUUCAUCAAAACACAUAAUUUUGUUCUGUUUUGUACAAAACAUUAAUGCCCACUCGCUUCAACAUACGAUUAACUCUCAUCCAGAUGAGAAUCAACUUUCCAUUGAUGCACAAUUAGCGUAACAAUAUUAAACCUAUUAAUUUAUUAUAUUAUAUAUAUAUAUAUAUAUUAUUAUUUUACUCUAUCUAUAUAAGAUUUAUCUAAAUAGCCUUGUCUAGGUGUGUGUGCGUGUAUUCGUCUGUGUGUUUGUAUUUCAACUACAUAUGUGUUACGACCUACUGACAAUUUAUAUUCAUAUCAGUAUUUAUUAGCUGCUUGGUCUCUAGCCUUAUGGUUAUUUUAAGUACAUUUUAUUCAAUCAUCAAUUUUGUAAAAUGUUAUAUUUUUGUUGUAAAGGGUACAAAUAAAGGUCAUUAUUAUUAUUCAAAAUUUUCUAGAAAAACAUUCUUAAUUCCCCAAGAUUUAUUCCCUAGAAACCAGAAAAUUUUGCUAGAAAAAUAAUCUUAAAAUGAAAAUCCGACUUACCAAUGGACAAAAUUAGAAAAAAUAUUUUGAAUUGAAAUCUUGUUAAGAAAAUUAUUCUACUUCGAUCCGGGGUAUCCAGGGUAUUAUGAGUGUAUAACUUUUAAAAUCAAGUCCUUAUAGUUAUGAGCCAUUAAUUUGUUAUAUGUGUAAGUAAGCAUAAAUAUAUAAGAGUAAUGUACUUUAAUUCAUAAUCACAUAGUUCACACAUAUACAUAAAAAACCAUCCCCCAGAAGGUCAUUGGUAGCUUCCCAUCUACGACAUCUCCCCUCCUUUGCAAACUAGAAAUUAAUAGUAAGAAAAAAUAAUAAUGCCAGACUGUUUCAUUCUCUGUCCAUGCUGACAAAUAAUAAUAAUUUAAUCAAUAUAUAUAGUUCUUAAUAAAGUUCGAUUCAUAAUCUUUAUAUCUGCUGGGUGGACACACGAUUCUUCCAGCGCAGGUAAUGUAAGAUGGAACUUGAAUAGUAGUUGGUUGUUGAAGCUCAUUGGAUGUUGAAGCUCAUCAGUUUGAGUAACAACUUCACCUUGACCAGGUUGUGAAGAUGACGUGGCAGGUUGUGGAUCCGGUUCCAAGUCUGACGUGGUAGGCGGUAGAUCUUCAAUUGAGUCUUGA